AUGGAAUCCGACGCCGAGGAGGAGGCGGUGGCGACCUCGCCGGCGGCGGGGCCACCAGGCGCUGGGAGGCUAAAGGGGAGCCCGGAGCUGACUGUGGACGCGGACAUGCGGGAGAUGGCGAAGACGGCCGCGUGGAGCAUCAGUUCCUGCAAGGCCGGCAACGGCGUCGCGGCCCUGCGUGAUGACAACCUCGACACCUACUGGCAGUCAGUGGCGACCGCUCAUCACCGAUUUUUUUUGUUCCUUUGUUGA